ACACAAUCGAAGGGAACACGGGAAGCCGAGCACAAGUCAAAUUGCCCCCAUCAUUCUCUCCAGACACAGAGCCCCUCCGGUCCGAAGUUCACACAAGUGCCGCCACCAUACGUUAACAUGGUGAUCCCCCCGGGGCGACUACCGUGCCCUACGGAAGCAAAUAUUGUGAUGCAGAGUUUCCAUAUCUAAUAGAGGGUCUUGUGACCAGCGGCGGAGAUGCUAAAAUUUUAUUCAUGGUCUGCAAAAUUGGCCCAAUCCUUUUGUCAUUUGCUGAUUCAGGCCGAGUAUGGCCGCAGGGCUCGUUGACCUGAUCAAAUAUUACAUCGGGGUUCGCAGGGCUAAGACCCUGUCACAUGGGCCAGAUAGCACAAACUUGAUGGAGAAAAUGGGCCGAUACUGAUGGGAUUUGAAGAAGCUCAGUGGGAAUACAUGUACUAGUACUAUACUGUACUGUACUCGUACGAGUAUCGUACUAGUUCAGUGCUGUGCUCUGCCAUUGGAUGAACUCGAAAAUGCGACGAUCCCGCGUAGUCAGCCUACUUGCAGCUCUAUUGGACUGGAAGUGGAAAAGCUUAUCCAAGUGUGACAUCGGGACAGGGCCUCAUCUGAUCUUUCCGGGAGACAUUGAGUGUGCAAUGGUACAAAAAGAUCUCUUUUACCCCUAUGACACCCCCACAGAACCCCUCUUUGCCAAAAAAACAAAUAAAAACAAAUACCAUACAGUAUCGGUAUGCAGCCUACUUGGAAACUCUCGGCGCUCGAGUAUAUAACGCCCCUCUUGUAAGGAGAGUCUGCUUCCAUUCCUCGCGCCACUCUUCCCCCUCCCAGUGGCCACCUUAGGGAGUCACCUCAGGGAGUUGUCAUCUAUUCCUUCUCUGCUCCCUGCACCGCGCGGCCGCGCGUCCUCUCCACCUUGACAGCAAAUAUGCCGAGGCGUUGGUCACUGGGAGUUCUGGAGGAUCCUGAUACUGAGGAGGUUCCAGGUAUGACCCCUUUCUGCUUGCUAGCUGUACCUACUAGCUGACCGGGAGAGUAGGUACCGUUCUUUUACUCUCUUCCACCAGACAGGAACCAUUCGGGUUCGAAGCAGUCAAGAGCGAGGAUAAGAGAACUCCUGACGGAAAAAUCAUCUUGAACCCGCAACCAGAAGACCAUCCCGACGACCCGCUAAACUGGGCUUCAUGGAGACGGGAUGCUGCCCUACUAUCAUUGGGUUGGCAUUGUUUAGUCGGUGGUGGACAAACCCCUGUCCUUGCUGCUGGGUGAAUUGCCUUGGGAAAUGAUCGCCUUCCGGUCAUCUGACGGCUAAUCAAACACCUCCAGAUUCAAUGACGUCGCCAAAACCUUCGGGGUCACAAUACCAGAGGUUGCGUUGACAACCGGUGAGUUACCGCUGAUGUCCAACCAACCCUACCCCACCUUGGGGCUGGGGCCUGCAUCGGGCUAAACACGCCCCCAUGUGCCGAUGGUUGGUACGAAGAUGGCUGGGUGGCAUUGAAACUGAUAUUUCUUAGGUCUCUACAUGAUGGGCAUGGGCAUCGGUUGUUUGAUCUCUUCACCAACGGCUAUAAUCAUCGGAAAACGGCCUGUCUAUCUUUUCGGAGCAGUGCUGUUUUUGGCCGCCUCGAUAUGGUGCGCUGCAUCCCCCUCUUACGGGUCGCUCGUAGCCGGCCGUAUCAUUAUGGGUAUCGGAGUCGCUCCUUGUGAAGCGCUCCCUAGCGCCACAAUUGCAGAAAUAUUCUUUCUUCAUGAGAGGGCCUACAGAGUGGGAAUAUAUACCUUGCUCUUGCUCGGGGGCAAAAAUUUGGUUCCUCUAGUCAGUGCAGUCAUCAUCCAGGCCUUGAAUUGGAGAUGGGUAUUCUGGUGAGUUAUUGUGGAUUGUGAUGUGGUUUGUCCAAGGCUAAUCCUAUUGGAAAGGACUGUCGCGAUCAUCGUCGGGUUUAACCUGUUCCUGCUAUUCGUCUUUGUACCGGAAACUUUUUGGGAUAGAACUCCCAGACCAAGCACCCGGCCAUCCGCAUUGCGCAGGGUUUCGUCUAGCCUCUUCUCUCGCGCUCAAUCAAGCUCGAAAAGGAAGCGCUCAAAGUCGAGAUCUCGGCGAACUUCACUUGAUGCGGGUAAAGCUGCAGGUGAAAAUGUAGCUGGUCUCGUGCCUGCAAAUGACUCGCCAGCCACUGAUGCCGACGCCGUAAAGCCGGCCGGCCCACGCCGGGCGCGUUUCGAACAAGCAGAGUCUGAAAAGCCCAGACCUGAAAACUCGGAGGGCCUACCCACUGCAGGGGAAAUAUAUCGACUAAAUACCGAAAAGUCGUCGCGCGUAUCCUUAGACAAAUAUGUACGAAAUGCAAGGCUCUCGCACCCCACGGAAAACGAAGCAACCGAUGAACCGACAGAGCCCGCUCAACCCGCUAUACCCACUCACCCAAAGCCUUUCAUCCAAAGCUUGAAGGUUUACAAUGGUGUCCUUCGACACGAAUCCUGGAUCAAGGCGGCGGUUAGGCCAAUAAUUCUGUUCUCUUAUCCAGCAAUUCUCUGGUCCACUGUGGUUUAUUCCUUUUCGGUUGGUUGGCUUAUUGUGCUCUCCGAAACGGUGGCGCAUAUCUACCAAGAACACCCUUAUGACUUCUCCCGCCUAGCCACCGGAUUGGUUUACAUUUCCCCCUUUAUUGGCGGAAUAAUUGGCACCGCGGUGGCCGGAAAGGUAUCCGAUAUUGUUGUGAGAGCGAUGAGUAGAAGGAACGGUGGAGUUUACGAGCCCGAGUUCAGAUUGGUGAUGGGGAUUCCAGUCGCAAUUACAACGGCUAUUGGGUUAAUGGGGUAUGUUCACCCCGGCUUUUUAGUCUCGGAUACUACUCACGAUGUACUAGUUUUGGAUGGUCCGCGCAAGAGCGCGACAACUGGAUUGUCCCUACCGUAUUUUUUGGCUUGAUCUCAUUUGGGUGUUCUCUCGGGAGCACUACAGCCAUCACCUUUUGCGUUGAUUCCUACAGGCAGUACGCCAGUGAAGCUUUGGUCACUCUCAAUUUCUCCAAGAGUAUAUAUCCUCCGCCCCUAGGAACAGAGUACCGGUAAUGUAUGCUAACAGUGCCACUUGCAGACGUAUUCCAUGGAUUGGUGUUUUCCUUGUUCUUCAAUAGAUGGCUAGAGAAAGACGGCAGUAAGACGGUUUUUGUUGCACUGGGCGCAUUACAGAUUGGUGCAUUACUAUUCACGAUUCCGCUGUACAUUUACGGGAAGCGUUUACGCCUUUGGACCCACAGGAGAGUUUUGAUGCAAGCAUGGACCUGAUCGUCUGUUGGGGCGUUCAGGCUGCUGCUUUGAAGGAGUACACAUUUUGAUGAGGGGGUUUUUAUUUUUUAGGCGCAGGUUAGGUAGCAGUGGGGGGGCCUGGGAUAGCACAUUUUUGUUCUGUUUACACCAUGUGGUUGUUUUGCCUUUUCUCCUUUUUUUCCUUCCCCCUUUUCCUAUUUUAUACUUUCAUCAGCUUGUUGUUCAAGGGAUUGGCGAUGGUUUAUGACGUGCGGGAUGAGAAAUUUGCGAAUUAUACUUAAGCAUAUAAUUCUUGUGCCGGAAGGAGUGCUCU